AAAAUGGCGGAGACUGAGAAGCAGGCGCCUCUCCUGAAGAUGACGGGCCUCUCCUACCGGCCAGCUUCACCUUCACGGUGCCCAGGAAGGAGAUUAGCAUGGUGUCUGACAUGGGCAAAUGGAAGAGAUCUCAGGCGUAUGCAGACUACAUUGGAUUCAUUCUGACUCUGAACGAGGGGGUGAAGGGGAAGAAGCUCACAUGUGAUUAUCCUGUUUCAGAGACAGUAGAAAAGUUGAUGUCUCUUUUGGGGACUUUGGAUCGCUGGAUAGAUGAGACACCACCAGUGGACCAGCCGUCACGCUUUGGCAACAAGGCUUACCGAACUUGGUACUCCAAACUGGAGCAGGAAGCUGAGACUCUGGUGUCUGCUGUUCUUCCUGAAGAGCUCGGUGCUGCUGCUCCAGAGGUCGCUUUGUACCUGAAGGAAGCUGUAGGCAACUCUACAAGGAUUGAUUAUGGCACAGGUCACGAAGCUGCCUUUGCGGCAUUCCUCUGCUGCCUUUGUAAAGUAGGAGCUCUGCGAGUGGAGGACCAGCUGGCCAUCAUUUUCAAAGUCUUUGACAGGUAUCUGCGUGUGAUGCGGAAGCUGCAGAAGACGUACCGCAUGGAGCCAGCGGGGAGUCAGGGCGUGUGGGGGCUCGAUGACUUUCAGUUCCUGCCCUUCAUAUGGGGCAGUUCCCAGCUCAUAGAUCACCCCACUGUGGAGCCGCGGCAUUUUGUGGAGGAGAAGGUGGUGAACGACCACCAUCAGGACUACAUGUUUAUGGAGUGCAUCAAAUUCAUCAAUGAGAUGAAAACGGGACCGUUUGCCGAGCACUCAAACCAGCUUUGGAACAUCAGCGCCGUUCCCUCCUGGUCCAAAGUCAACCAAGGCCUUAUACGAAUGUACAAGGCUGAAUGUCUAGAGAAGUUUCCCGUCAUCCAGCACUUCAAGUUUGGCAGCCUGCUCUCCAUCCAGCCUGUGAAACCGUGAAUGACCGCGGGAAGAACCAGUCUGAGAGCACUAACAAUUCUCACCCAAUUCAACGACCCACCCAAAUCGCCCAGCCAUCAUCCAGAGUUCCAAUGUUUAUCCACUUCUUAAACGAAUAAACAUGACUACAAUCAAAACCGUAGUUCUAACAGCAAUUCAACAUGGCUGCUGUCUCCUAAAUUAUAGCAUUCACAAGAGGAUAAAUUUCUGUCUCCGUGUAGGAAUAACUCUAGGCCACGGUACCAUAAUUAGUAUCUAAUUCAUAUUUAUUUAUGAAUAUGUAUAUAUAUGAAAAGUAAAAUUUGCCUGAACUGAUAAGUCUUGGUUUUUAUUUGCUGUACUAGAAAACAUGCAGUGGGUCUUUUUAUUAUUAUUUUUUUUCCAUUUAGACUGUAAUGAUCCUUGACAAAUUGAUGAUUUGUGUGUGUGUGUUUGGAAAAAGACAGUUACUCGUGUGGCCUGUAUGUGCUGUACAUGUAAAUUUUUGUCAUUUUGUCUCUGUAGGAUUAAUAAACCGUCAGCCGUUUUAGUCUUG